UGCAGUCGUUCAAGCUCAACGAAGGCAAGCGCAGCCAGGAGUGGAACUUGCACCAUGAAGGCUCUUGUACUCUCGCUGUUUCUUCUUUUUGCCCUUGUUCAUGGAUUCCCAAGAAACCCGGGAAACACAAAAUCUAAACAAGAUUCGGACCAGAAGCGGAAAUUUCAAGAUAGAAAUGUGGAUGGACUAAUGAAACAGGGCCACCAAGAUGGUAUGCCAGUGGUUCGUUGGUGCGUCACCAACCCUUGCGAGAUGAAGAAGUGCGAGAGAAUGGCCAUGGAAUUCAACUACAAAAUCAGCCCUCGGAUGCAAUGGAGCUGCGUAAUGGCGUCAUGCAAAGAAUCGUGCAUGGACGAGAUUCAACGUGGAAAUGCAGACAUCAUGACAGCCGAAGGUGACGAGAUUUACACGGCCGGCAAGAUGCACGACCUAAAACCGAUUAUGGCUGAAAAGGAGGAUCAUGACCAUGAUACCAACUACGACAAGAAGUUUAAGAAGUUUGAAGAGCAAGACGGUACCCUCAAGCAUUUCUCCAUUGCUUUGAUUAAGAAGUCAUCCACCGGUAUCAAAAGCUUCCAGGACUUAAACCAGACGAAAUCGUGUCACCCUGGCGUGGACUCAAAAGCCGGUUUCAAAUCCCCAGUCUGUUCACUGAUAAAGAAGGACGUCGUGCCCAGCGUUGGAAAUGUGUUUGAGAGCGCUGGGGAGUUUUUCAAAGAAAGCUGCCUCCCUGGCGUGCAGCAAGAUAAGUUCAACCCCAACAUGACAAACCCGGAAUCUCUGUGCAAGCUAUGCAAAGGACAAGGAGACAAAGAUGACAAGUUCUGCCAGAUCCUCUCAGAAAAGGAGCCAUACUAUGGAGCUGACGGGGCCCUGAAGUGCCUCCGGGAGCGAGCAGGGGAUGUGGCCUUCUUUCACUCUCACGAUAUUAUGCUGAAGUACGACACAUUUUCAACCGAGUUUGAUAUCGUUUGCGAGACAAAGAAGCGUCCUCUGACAUGGGUUAACCUUAUGAAACCAGACUGUCAUCUAACAGAGGAACAUCCCCAGGUUUUGAUGGUAAAUGGUAAGAAAUCUAAGAAAUGGAUUAAGACUUGCACUGACGCCCUUAUGGACGCCUCAACAAAAUUCAAAUCACCAGCCAGUGGUGAGUUCGAUAUGUUUGACUCCAUCCAAUACUGCGCCAAGGACGAUAGUGAUGACAAAAGAAGCGAGAUGAAGAAUGGGAUGUUCAAGGUGGACAUGAACCUCAUGAAGAAGAAGGAUCUGAUCUUCAAAGACUGUUCUAACUCUCUCGUGCCCAUCCCAGAGGACAAAAGAACUUACGAGAAAUUCCUUGGCAUUGAAAUGGUUGGGGUGUGGAAAGCCUGCGAGCAGCUGGAGCCCAAACCCCGCGCUUUUAUCUGUGUUGUUGGAGACGAUCAAAUGUCAAAAUGCCAAGAUAUGAUCACCAAAUUCCAAACAAUAGAUGCAGAGGUCAGAAAAGUGUCCUGGGGCUGUAUUGAGGCUCCCUCCAAACAAGAGUGCGUGGAAAUGGUAGCUGAUGGCCUAGCUGAUCUGGUUGAUCUCAACGCGACUGAAAUGUUUGUGGCAGGGAUGGAUUUCAAUCUGGCUCCUUUUGUAGCGGAGAAUUACAAAGGUAAAGAUCCAAUGACUGAAAGUAUCACCAUCGGUGUUAUGCUUAAAGACAGCAGUGAUAUUCCAGGGGAUAUGCAGGGCUUGAAAAUGUGCAAUGCAGGUGUGGACAAACUCAGUGGAUUCCUACACCCCAUGGGCUGGCUCAUGGCUAAUGGCACCGUACCAAGAAGGACAACGCCUUUGGAAUCAAUUGGAAAAUACUUUGGCGAGAGCUGCGUUCCCGGUAUUGACAAAUUUGACUUGACCCGUCAUCCUCUGCUUUCUCGCACGCUUGACUGGAGAGGUAUGCUCAAAGACAAGAUUGUAAGAUGGGAAGACUGGUACAAUGCGCCUCUCUGGCGUCAGUGGCAAGACAAGCAGGACGGUAAGACUGACGUCUAUACCGCUAUGCACAAGAUCGAGGACUUCCAAUCUCCAGAGUUUAAAGUAAUGAUUGCAAAAAUGGGCUCCUUAAAUCCACGCAUGCGUAAAUACCACACACCGGAGAUUCGCCAAAUCCUUGAGAAGACUUACAAAGAUUUCAAGUGGGAAAACUACAAAGGCUUGGAAGAUUUCUAUGGCUUGAAGAUGCCAGAGUGGAAGAUGAUCGGAUGGGUGUGGCACAAACCAGAAGACUGGACAGAAGAGCAAUGGGUGCUGUUCCAGAUGUGGGCCGAGCGCUCCUGGAAUCAAAAGGAAGACCUGGCGUCUUUCGUUGAGAAAUGGACGGAUAUGGAUUGGGAGAUAUUCAAGAGAUGGAUGUACGCAGAGUUUCAAGAUUACUACACAAAGGAUCAAUGUUUAUAUCAGGAUACCUUUAUCAGACUUUCGCUAAUGUGCUCUCGUUACCAUUGGCUGUUGAAUGAAUGGAAAAACCUCCAGUAUGACGACAUCGACACGAAACAAUGCCGUGAAAAGUUGUGCAAUACCUGCGCUGGUAAAGGUGACAAGAAAUGCUCCAUGGAUUCUAAUAUCGAAGAUUAUUACGGCUAUAAAGGAGCACUGAGGUGUCUCAAGCAGAGAGAUGGAAACGUUGCUUUCAUUGAUGCUUACACUUUUGAGAAUAUCAUCCAAGAAGACAGCUACAAUAACAACGACUUCGUUCUCCUUUGCCCUGAUGGUAAGACUGUAGACUACACCGGAGCUGAUUCCUAUGAAAAAUGCAACUUUGGUCGUAUACCAUCCCGCGCACUUGUCACCUGUAACAUGCACGAUGGCAUUUGGCGAUGGAAGGUUACCAAAGCCUUGCUUGUAGCCCAGACAACGCUGCCACGAGAGGUAUUCCAAGAUUGUACAUUCAGCAAGAACAUGGAGAGUUUCACAUCUAUACCAUUUGUCAACCAGACAUACCAAGUACGACUCGGCCCAAUGUUCCUUCGUGCCAUGGAAAGCCUCGUGCAACCACCAGUUAAAGAGAAAGUGAUGAAAUAUCACAUUAAUGAUUGUCUUGGGGAAGAGUGUGACGGAGAUGUAGAGGACAGGCCCGCCUGUGAUGAGUGUCCAGAGAGCGACGACGUGUGCCUUAAGAACUGCUGGGAUGGAGAACCCAUAGAAAUGCAAGAAAUGCCUUCUCAAAUAAUUAACGAGGUCCCCCAUAGAAUGCCUCUGAAAAUGGUGGGUGGUGUGAAAAAGAUUAUUCUUUGGAAGCCAAAGUGCCGACACAGCCGUCAGAUGAUGGGCAAAAUGCAUAUGGGAGCAAUGGAAUUCGGUAUGAAAGGACCUAUGAAUCACCAUGAUGAUAUGAGAUCCAUGAACGGGCUAAUGAUGGGUUCUAGGCCUGGCAUGCGACCAGAGAUGCACGAAAGGUGGUCCAUGAUGCGAGGUAAAAUGUUUCCACAUCCUAAGAUGUCUGUCGGACCAACAAAGUUAGGUAUGAAGUUUGGAGCUAUGAUGAAACCUGGCUCGGACAAAAUGUAUAUGAUGCCUCCAAAGAUGGGAAUGCAUCCUUUCAAGUCUAUGCCAAAACCGUUCAUGGACGAGCCAAUGCAUGGUGGUAAGAUGGCUAACCAUUUCAUGGAAACUGGUCCACUGAUGCACAGUCACAAAUCCAUUCGCGGCGAGUUUUACACCAACGUGCUCUUUGCCCGUGAUGGUACCUGUAACUCAAUUGUUCAUGACCUCAGCUGCUUAGGAGAGAAGAGGAAAAUAAGAAUGAAAGCUGGACGUGUUGGCAAAACUCCCAUCACUGUCUCCAUGUGCCCGAGACCCAUUACCUUUAAGCACACCACCGCCCUGUUUACCUGCGACAAUGGCGCCAGUUUUGCGAAGCCCGUUUCUCUCCCCUUAAAAUGUGCCUAUGCGCCUUGCAAACCAGGUUUCAGCUGGCUCCCUGAUUGGUCGAAUGAUCAGUACUGGCUAGGAGACAACAAGUACACUGGUGGCGAUCACUGGGGAAACAAGGCUUGGUGGAAGAACCGACAGGAGAAUGACAACUGGUUCUUGACAGCACGUGACACGAACCGUAUACAAAAAAAAGGCACACUGAGCAAGCAGUAAGAAACAGAACCAGAAGAGGACUGUUCUUAUCGAAAGGUCAAAUGUUCAUUUAUUACUGGACUGGUCAACUGGACUGAAAAAAAAAACAGGAAAAAAAAAAUCAAAACAUAAGGAAAAUACCAAAAAAAAAAAAGUUUAAUGGGUUACAGGAUGCCAAAAUUGUAGAAUUGCUAAGAUUUUUUUCAUAUAUCAGGGGAAAGAGUUUGUGUUAUGUUAAGUCACUUUUGUAAGGCCAUCCAAUUAGAUUAGAGUUUCACGUGUGUGUUUUUUAGUGAUUUUUUUUUUUUAUUUUAGCCUUUUCCGGUAUCGUCAUAUUUGCGGGUUUUCUCCUCUACCUGGGUAACUUUGUGUGCUCACUUAUUUUUUUAUUUUCCGUUUGAAAUGGUGUUAAAGUGUGUUGGAAUUAAAGUAAUUUCACAAAAUG